ACUACAAUGCUUUCAUUUAUUUUUGCUUAGUUUACAAAAUUUAAAAUUCAUAAACUUUAGAAAAACAAUGGUGUGUUUUAGCAGCUAUUCAUCGCUUUCUUUCAAUUGUAAAAAAAGAGUAAAAAAGCUUCGAAAAUGAAACGAGAUUGUGCAAAGCUCGGAACGAAGAACUGAAAUAUUACGCUUGAUCCCAGUAUCAACUGCCAAAAUUAGGGAUUAGUGGUUGUUUUUUUUUCAGAUAUGCACCUUCCUCUCUUGCUCUCUCUCUCUCUCACUCUCUCUAGACCUUUUAUUGAGGCAUCUCCUGCAAUUCUUUCCCUUUCGGAUAUUGGCCAUUUGCUUCAGAUCUAAUUCUGAAGUGAAAACACUUUGGCCUUUAACGGCAUUGCAUUGUCUUCGUUGAAAAUUCUGUAGGACACAUAACCCUAACGCAAUAACAAACUAUCGAAAGCAAUGAACAAGCUCAGCGUUACACUUAAAUCAAAUUUACAGGUAUUCAGAAAAAUAGGUCAAACUCAGAGCCAUUACCAUAAUCUCUUUUCUUCUCUCAAAGUGUUAGUGAAUUUUUAAAAAUCGCUCUCCUUCAGCUCAUUAAUAUUCCGAAAACAUUUUUACCAUUGCAGCAAACAUACAAAAUAUCUAAACUCAUCUAAUACAUACGAGUUAACUGUUAACACAACACAACAACGAAUUUUAAACCCUUUUAGGGCCCAUAGAGUAAAAGCGACAACGGAAAUAUUCUUUUCUUGCUUUAAAUAAGAAGCGAAACUUUCUGAAGUUCAUUCAUGUUAGUUAGUUAAUAUUGAUUGCCCUUAUUGUUGUUGUCGUAUUGCUAAACAAACGUCGUCGUGCGUGGUUUUUUGUACUUCUCUACAUAUUAUCGCUUUUAUGUCUUGUUAUCGUCAUAACAGUAUACAACUACAAACACACGUCUUGACGAAGCCAAGGAAAUAAUGCAACCAUAAAGUUCUCUAGCGAGUGUUAGUCUCAGUUGUAUCUAACGGUUGUUUGCGUACAGGCGACGAGUUUCUAGUCUUAUAAAAGCUGAUAAGUGACGACAUACAACUGAAAAAAGAAACCAAAAAUAAAAAAAUUUAUGUAUAAAAAUGAAUUUAAAAAUUAUUACAACACCGAUGCCUUCAAUAAGUGCUUUACUUUUACAACUAUGUUUAAUUGAGUAGAAAUUUAAGAAAAAUUUUAGAAAAUAAAGAAAUAUUUUCACGUGCAAAAAUAACCAAAAGUGUUCUUCUAUAACGACAUGACGCCUAAAUGUCUACUUAAGCAACGAUUCCUUAUCCUUAUAUUCGCCUUAAGAUGCAUUUACGGAAAUGCGAAAUCUUAUAACAACAACAAAUUAUAUGAAUCCGUUGACUACUCUGACAGUUUAAAUAAUAUCGACCCAGAUUUUCAUGCCAAUAUGCUGGCGGCAGCAACGACGACAGCAACGAUUUCAACUCAUAACGAUCCACACCGCCCACUACUGCCACAAACAACGCCAUUAUCAUCAUCAUCAACGUCAUCAUCACCAUCAACAUCGUUAUUGUCGUCGCAUUCGGGCACCCUGUUGGAAGGUGGAAGUAUAACCAGCGACCGUAUAUUACGUUACAGUGAAAGUCCUUAUCGGGUUAAUGAACACAUAAUUAUACAAAAGGGUGCCAAACUGACAAUAGAACCGGGUGUAACAAUUGAAUUCGCUCCAAAUGUUGGCAUAACGGUACGCGGUGUACUUCAGGCGGUGGGCUUACCAACGCAACGCAUUACUUUAACUGCUCAAGGUCACAACGAGGAAUUGCCAGAUCAAGAAGAACGCGGCGUGCGUCUGGUGGAUGGACCAACUCCCAUAAAAGGCAGAUUACAAAUUUUCCAUAAGGGCAACUGGAGGGCGGUUUGCACCAAUUCUAGAAAUUGGACGGCGGCUGACUAUAACGUAGCUUGUCGGCAACUAGGUUUCUUAGGCGGCCGUUUCUGGAAUUGGGUAGAGAGAUCUGCUGGCCACGAAGCGCGUUUGCUCUAUGAACAUCCGAACUGUGAAGGUUCUGAAAAAUCCCUUUUGAACUGUCAGUGGUCUACACGUCAACUAGGAUCUGGAGUUUGUGAUUAUCAUAGAGAUAUUGGCAUACAAUGUUUAGCUGUGCACGCUGCACCAUUGUUACAUUGGCGUGGUUUGUAUUUUGAAAAUUCACCGACAAUCCAUUCACUGGCAAAGGAUAAUAUUUUGUACUUGACUAAAUCGAAAUCUACACUCAAAUACGUGGAUAUAAUACGAGCCGGCAAUGGUGAAAAUCAAGCCAUUCAAGCGGCUUUAGAAACCAUUGGCAUACCCCCGAUUACCCAUCAUGUGCAGAUUAGCCAUUCAGCUUAUACCGGCUUUAAUGUCACUAAGCCCUUUAGUGGAUUUUUAUUGCAAAAUGUGACGGUGCGGAAGAGCAAUGGCAUCGGAGUAUUUGUCAAUUCGAGUCAGGGUUAUGUUAAGCUCAGCGGCUGCAAUAUCAUUGACAACGCCGGAGAUGGUAUUAAAUAUGUGACCCACGAUUUAAGGGCGGAGGAACGGACCGAUCGUUCAUCAAUUUACGAGUUUUGUACUCUACCCACUACGUCGGGUCAAACGUAUCCGAUUUCUAUGUCUUUUACACAAAAAUAUUAUGCGGGAUCCGCUAAAGAAUGCGGUAAAUAUUUUUUCACGAAACCUGGUUAUUUGCUCACCGUCCAACUAGAACAAUUUGUACUGCAAACAAACGAAACAGCUUUGGUGGAAAUUUACGAUGGAGCAUCGGCAAAUGAUCAUUUAUUGUUCACUUGGCUGGCACGGAAUUAUACCAGGCCUCAAAGCGUAACCAGUACACGGGAAAAACUCUUUAUCAGAAUCAAGGCUGAAAUGCGCGAGGAAAUCGUGGGGUUUCUCCGAAUCACUUCAGGUGAACACAGCGCUUAUGAUUUCCUAAUCGAGGACUCCACUGUAGAAGACAACGCUGGACGUGGUAUAGCUGUAGAUAGUUUAAGAUCUAGACUGCAUGUACAUAGCUCUUCAGUUUCGGGUAACCAGCAUGUAGCUGGUCUUCAUGUCACUAGCGGAGUAGGCGAUGUUAAUAUCACCGAAAGUAAUAUAAGUUACAAUCGUGGAUCGGGCAUAAAUAUAACUUAUACCGGAGGAAAUCGUAACAUAUCCCGUAGUUUUUUUAACUUCAACAAAGACUACGGUGUAGCUAUAUGGUUAAAUGAAACGAGCGACCCGAAUCGUAAAGAAUACAUUCCAUUUAAUCAGACCACUGUCGUUGAAUACUCUUACCUCAGUUCAAAUGUGGAAAUAGGAAUAUUGCACGGUAAUUUUUGUGGUCCUAUAUGGGUUAAUAUAACGGGUAAUUCUUUCAAUAACUCGUUUGAUAAUGAUAUUCGCAUCGAAAGCUGUUGGCGACCGCUCACCGAAAUUGUUAGCGAGCCUAACCUUCACUUACAAGUUGGACACAACGUGUUCGAGUAUAGUCAGCAAAAUUCUAUUUACCUGAGUCCUGCUUUAAAUCUGCAGGGACGUAUUGAAUUCAAUCAUUUUCAUUACGGAUUUUACGGCUGCAUAUACAUACGUAACGACUUCAUUCAGUCAGAGUUCAAUUUUAUGCCAGUGCGUUUAUUGCUACAAAGUAAUUAUUUUAUUAGAAAUCGUGGCGUGCACGUGGUGUCACUUGGUCUUUCUCCCUACAGCCGUCGAGACUUACAAUCUUUACUGUUCACCCGUAAUUUUAUUCGGGAUAAUAAAAUUACUGAAUUUUUUGGUCCCGUCGUCGAAGGAAGUGAAGGCAAUGAUGGUGCCGGCCGACUUAAUCCUCGUUGUCGGAUAGCUGCUGCGGUAGUGGUCUCUUCCAGUAACGUUGAUAUUUACCGCAAUAUAUUACACAAUCUGGAUUCGACUUAUGAAAUCGGUUCCCAAUUAAGUGAUCAAAGUCAAUCAAUAAAUGCCACCUAUAACUGGUUGGGAUACACUGACGAAACCAAAAUUUAUGGUCGUCUGUUUCAUCGUAACGAUCGUUAUAAUUUGGCAAAAAUCGAAUAUAUUCCUUAUCUAUUACACAAUUCAAAUCCGGGUUCUACCACUGUUAUAUCAAUAUCCACGUUUGUACCUCGCUUUUACACCGAAGGCUCUGCUUAUAUAGGUGGUGAAGUAGAUGGCCAAGAAAUGAUUCCCGUUGGAACUUAUACAGUAAAUAAAGAUAUUAAUAUAAGGCCGGGUGGAAAACUGAUUUUACAACCAGGCGUAACUUUACAGUUUGAGCCAAGUGUCGGUAUGAUGGUUGCCGGAAAAUUGGAAGCACGUGGCAGACGACCUGAUGACAUACUCUUGACACUUAAGCGGAAAACGAUUAUAGCUAUGGAUGUGGACUCUUCAACAAAUCAUGAAAAUAUCGAUAUCGAGGUGCUCGAUAUGGAGACUGAAUCGGUGUCAGUUGUUGAAAAUGGGCCACCUAAAAUUCCAGUUAGAUUGUUAGGCGGGGCAGGGCCUUAUGAAGGUCGUUUGCAAUUGUUUUUAAACGGCCGAUGGGGCACUGUUUGCGAUUACGGUUGGACGGAAGUGAACGCUGCCUUAGUGUGCCAUCACUUGGGCUACACUCUUAAUCCAAAAGAUUGGCGCUUAAUGCGCUCUCAAAUACCUUCAAUGGGCACCACAGAGGAUGUAAUUGUAUCAAACGUUCGUUGCACAGACCACGAUCGCGACAUAACGAAAUGCAAAGCCGAGCAUUUACUGAAAGGAGACUUUGAAAAUUCAUGCACUCACAACAAUGAUGUGGGUAUACGUUGUUACCAAGGCGCUUGGGCUGGAAUACGAUUUAGCAUGUUAGCAGAGCGAGCUGACUUGCAAUAUGUUACUAUAGAGAAAGCGGGAUUGUUUGACUAUACUACCAACUCUUUUAAGCCAGCCUUGCAGAUGGAUUUUGCUCGUCAUAACUUGGAAAAUGUACGCAUUGUCGAUAAUCUGGACGAUGGCCUCGGGGCAAUAUACGCUGACAUUUAUGGUGGCAAAUCGAUAAAUAACAUUAAAAACUCAGAAUUUGUAGGCAAUCGUGGCAGUGGCAUUAGUUUGAAACAAUUGGACUUCAAAAUUCAAGGCAGCAUUAUCAAAAACAAUGGAGAAAGUGGGAUAACUCACGAUCCUGUCGUGCCGGCCAUUGAUCAAUGGGAAAUGGGUGGUUGGUUUAAAAUGGCGGUCGAUUUCAAUCCAUUCGAAAGUAAUUAUGAACCCUACACGUUGCCACAGGAUAGCGGCAAUAUUCAAUUGGGGACGUGGGAAAGUAAAUACAUUAGAACCGAUGCUGUGGUGGGCGAAAAUAUUAAUAGAAAAGUUCACAUACGCUGUCCGGCAGGCUAUGUGUUGGGCAUACAGUUACUGAACCCAAUAGCAAUUCACUCAAGUGAAAGUUUAUUGAUUUGGAAUUCUCCAGUUGAAAAUCAAAGAAUGGAAGCGUGGGAUGUUAAGAGAGAUCUUAAUGCUUUUCCUGCGACCAGUAGCAGCUAUGGGAUUAUAAUACAAUAUGAAAGCGGUUCUAAUGCCUUGGGAGGUAGUGUACUUAUGUUAACUACGGUUACGGCUCCGGUGCAAAAUCUGCGCAACAGAGUAAUACGUGGUCCCGUUCCUUCUCUGCAUAUACGCUCGACAAAAAUACAGAAAAAUCUUAGAGGUAUUACUGCUUACUAUUACAAUCGUUAUCGAGGCGAUAAUGCGGAAUAUUAUCUACGCAAAGCCAAUGAAUCCAUGAAAAUUGUAAAUAGUGAAAUAAGCGGCAAUCGCAUGGAAGCGAUUCUCAUUAAGUCCCCCUUUUGGGAUGUUACUAGCAGCAACCUAUCUGAAAUCACUUUACACGUUAACAGUUCCAUCAUUACUCAAAAUGGUUAUGGCGUAAGGCACAUUUCGAAAGACCUAAGAUCAUCGAAUAAUUUGUUUCAUUAUGUCCUGCAAGAUACUACGGUGGAGGAUAACCGAUAUGGCGGCUUCCAGGUAGCCCUUCCUUACGUCUGGCAAUACAAUGAAAAUUUUACCCAUAGUAUUCAUUUCGGGAACAGCACCUGGCAACGUAAUCGAGAUUUUCAAAUCGACGUCAGCGGUCAUUACGCUGAAUUCAAUAUAACCGCUAACGACUUUAUUAGCAAUCAAAGUCCGCGCAGCCUAAUAUCCGUGAGCGGCAUGGAAAAGAGAAUUAAAUUCAAUUAUAAUCGCUUCGAGCAAAACAAUGCGAAAUUUCUAAUGGAAUUUAAAGCGGAUAGUCUAAGCGAACGUUUAGGCGAAGUGCAGGCUCUAAUAGAAUUUAAUACUUUGAAAAAUAAUAAUAAUUAUGAUUCGCUUCCCCAUAUACCGCAUUUAAUUAGUGCUCGUAAAUUAGCUGCCCCAAAUCGAUCACCAACGGCUGUGAUUCGAAUCGAUGGCAUACAAAAUGUUAAACUUUAUCGUAACUUGAUUAGUCAAAAUUUGUUCAAAUACAAUCUGGUGGCAGGUCUAAAGUCUGCAAAUUUGAAUAAUUUCUGUUAUGCUACGGAAAACUGGUGGGGAACAACGGAUGCGCAGCAGAUCGAAUCGAAGAUAUUUGAUUUUGACAAUUGGAAUGAUCAUGCGGACGUUGUGUAUCAGCCUUUUCUCAUAGAAGAGAGUUUUGAUGCUAGUAUUUCUUUGUUAAGCGAAAACACACAACCUAUGGAUAUAAGAUCCUGGAGGGGAGGACGGGUCUUUAAAGAUUUAGUUUUAAGAAAACGGCCUAAGCCUUAUAUCAUAGAAAACGAUAUAACGGUUAUGCCCGAGGCCACUUUGACCAUACAACAUGGCGUGCAAAUGGAGUUUAAAGCAAGCAUAGGAUUGCUUGUUUUAGGCACACUGAAUGCGAUUGGUUAUCGGGAAUCUCCGAUUAUCAUGAGAGCACACAAAAAUGCUACUCAUGAGCAAUAUUCCGUUAUCAAUAAACGUUCGAUACAAAAUUUCAGUGAUAUUCAAACUUAUGAUUUCAUACGCUUAUGUACGAGUAGUCAAAAUUGCAGUUCUAUCGUGAAUCCGUUGCAUGAAGUUAAUCAAGGCUUUUUAGAAUAUUUUAAUCACACUACUCUACAAUGGAUUCCCAUCUGCGAUAAUCGUUUCACUGAACGUAAUGCGCAAGUAGUUUGCCGUGAACUAGGUUAUGAUCCUCUAAAUGUUUAUUACGCCCAUGAUCGCCGUGUAGAAUUUCAUACAAAUUCUUUGUCUCGAAUAUGGACUUGGGUACAACCGUUGGAGUGUAGAGGCGACGAGACCCGCUUAUCGGAAUGUGAAGAACGUCUAAAUGGUCAAGUGUACGGUCAUCGCCAUGAAUGUUCUUGGGAUGACAUGUUUGUAUUUGUCAGUUGUUCUGGUACACCCGAAGAUGAAGUCUAUUGGGGAGGCGUGCGAUUUGCCAAUUCCGAAUUUGAAGCCAAUCAAUACGAGCACCGUUAUCAUGAUAUCCACACUCACGGGGUACAAAAGAAUAAAGAGAGCCGAUUAGAGUUCGUGAAGAUCGAAGACGCUGGCAUUUUACACAACCAAAAAUCGGCCGCCUUACAAGCGAUUUACAAGACCCCUUCAAUUUUGGCUGCCAUUAUUACUAACUCAGCGAAUCAUGGUGUAAAUUUCAUAGCUCCCAAUGGUGUGAUUAGCUUGAACUACUUGAAUAUAACCCGAACUUUAGGCACUGGCAUUAGUGUACUCUCUUUAACGGGUGAAGGGCGCGAAAGUGACGAAUCUAGUUUCACGCCAUUGAAAAAUUUAGAUAUACCCUAUCAACUAUUCUCUCUGAUUGACAUCUGCGAUCCACAAAAGAAUAUAAUAGUAGAAGAAAGAGUUCUUGUUUACUAUAAAUAUGCAAAUAAUCCAAUAAAUUGUGUCAAAGUUUUCACGGCUGCUUUCCGAGCAAAACCAAUAGGUUUUCGUUUAUUACAAUCCAAUCUAUUCAAUCAUACCAAAUUAUAUGGACGUAUGGACGCUAUAAGACUUUACGAUGGUGAUGUUUAUAACGUGUCAUCAACUUUCUUGGGACAAAUUGAAUCGGAUACUGCCAACCAGAAGUUAUUCUUUAAAACACAAGGGCCAUCCUUAAGUGUUCACCUAACUGCCAGUGGCGCUCCUGAAUAUCAUGGGUUUAUCGCCGAAGUGGUUACGGUACCAAUAUCGACAAUUGGGCAAUAUCGCGACUCUUUGCAUAACAUUUCCUAUACACAUAUCAGCGGAGCUGUUAAGGGUGCUUUCAUGUACGCCUCGGCUGGUGAAGUAACGCCGACUUUGACUUUAACCUCAAAUCGCAUAGAAGACAAUUGCAAGCAAUUGUACGGUAAUUUCUCCACUUGUAGCUCAGCUUUAAACAUCGACGUACAAAACAUGCAUUCAUUUUAUUUUAUGAACAAUUUGGUAACGAAUAACCAAGGCGGUUUAAAAUUGCGAGCUGAUUCUCGCGGUUCGGCUACCUCGCUGCGGGGCUUCAUACACCACAAUCUGAUUUUCAGAAAUCAUAAUCGUCCUGCUAUGUUCCUAGAGGGAAGACAAUCUUCUCCUUACCAAGAGGUAGAAAUAUACCGAAAUUACUUUGCCCAAAAUGAAGCGGGCUACGAAGACGUUAUACGCCUACGACAAGUGGUAUCAAAUUUUAGCUACAACUAUGUCCACAGCAAUACGGGAGGCCGUAUUAUGGAAAUUUCCGGAUUUGAAAAAGUACGGUUACCUAUCUAUCAGAGUACGGUACAUAAUGGAUUUUAUGGUAAUGUAGCUACCAGUUGGUUGGGACGCGCUACAAUAGUUGCUGGGACCGCAGGACAGCAAUAUGUGGAUAAUAUCUUUGAAAAUCCAGAGAAUGAUUAUGAAAUUAUCACCGUUAACAGUUCCAUCUUGAGCUUUGACUAUAGAAACAGUACCAUCGAGUUAUGGCGUUCGAGGAUAGAUGCCCGUCAUAAUUACUGGAGUUAUAAUAACAGUAUUUCGGUACAGUCGCGCAUUAAAGACAAAUCAGACGAUCCUUUAUUGCUUGAGGUUCAGGCAGUUCCAUUUCAAAUGAAUAACCAGUCCAUAUUGGACGGUAAAUGCCCGCCAGGUUGGAGUUUAGUACACGACACCUGUUUCAUUUAUAUGGGAGUGCCUAUGAAUUUCCUCGAAGCUAAAAGCUUUUGCAGAUCGGAAAACUCAUCUAUGCCCUUUAUAAGAACCGACAGUUCUACGUUGUGGGCGUAUUUACAAACCCAAAUGGCUCAUAUGAGAUAUCCGGAAAAAGUUUGGAUUCAAGAUUUCAAUUACAUAGAUCGGUGUACCAGUUUUGCCUAUGCUGAAAUAUUAGUGGAAAAUUGUGACAAUGAAAUGGGUUUUAUAUGCGAAAUAGAUCCCAAAGUUGUUAUUGAUCCUUUAUCGUGGCGUGCUGAUAUCUUUGCCGUAAGCAUUAUAUCGGCAUUUAUUUUGGCUGUCGUCCUCCUAGUAUUAGUAGCCGUUUGCUGGUAUGCCAAAUCAAAGCAUCGUCAUGUACAACGUUUGCAACGACGCAACAGUAUACGACAGAGUCUGCGCAGUUUAAAUAGCAUUGAUGCUCAAGGUUCACUAAGGAGGCGAAAUUUUCAUGUUUCCAGCUCUACGGGCACGCUAACGAAAGCUAUGACCCAAGAUUAUAAUAUUAUGGGAACUGAUGGAUCUUUUGAAUCUAUUGAUAAAAGUGUUUUAAGUUCCGAGGCGAGUUUUGAACCGUAUGAAAAUCAUCGAAAACCAUCAGAGAAAAACGAAUACUAUUCACCUCAAAAGUUAACUAAUAUGAAUGAAUAUGUCACUAGUACUAAGACUGCAUCUACAACAUCGGCUACUCCUCAACGAAUAGCUACAAUUGGUUCAGCUUCCAGAGCGAGCGCUAGUCGUGGGAGGGCAGCUGUUGCUGCCUGGUCUGAGCAUCGUCCUAAUGAAUUUGAAUUGUCUUAUCGCAAUGAAGGCUUCAGAGAUAAUUCCACUUACUCAGGUACUCGCAAUAAUUCAGUGAGCACCAGUAUAGCUGAGGACACGCCAAUUAUACAUCAAACUGAUGUCGAAGAGAGCAGUGGUUCCGAUUAUUAUGGCAAUGCUAGUACAUUGCCUUUACGUCACGAAACCAACGACAGCUUAGCCUUCCUAACCCAACUGAAACGUAAUGUAACACCUGACUCUUUAGGACAGGAUAAGGCUACGACAACAUUUCUUCCCCCAUCUUCGACGGUAAAAAGACCGUCUUUUCUAAGCAAUGAUUCUCAUGCGGAGAGUUUGACUUACGAACAAAAAAUUGAUAAUUUAAAUUUUAGUUCUUUUGCCGAAUUGCGUAGUCAACCCAAUAAAAGUUUACAAAGUGUAGAUAUCCGACGACCCGACUCAUAUUUAACUGCCGUGACGGCUAACCGUCUAUCCGGCCGUCCCUCCAAUCUGUCGCAGAGCAACGCAGCUCAGUUAGAAGCACAAAUAUCUUCUUCUAUAUUUAGUAGAAGACCGAAAACGGUGUAUGAAAAUAGUGAAGGCGGCGACACUGUUACCGCCUUAAAACCUUCUGAACGUCAAUCUACUUAUCAUCAACGAUCACGUUCAGAAGUUUUGUUAGAGACUGAUCUUGAUUUGGAUAAUACCCAACCCAUAGACGCGAAUGGGCGAUGCCAUAGUCAACCCUUAGAGACUUCCAUGUAACAGGUUGUCAGAACAAUGAUAUUUCAUUUUGAAGCGAUGAUCUCUUUUUUGUACGUGUGUUUGACUGCACACAUGGGCAAACGAACGAUUAGUUGUGAAGUCUCUUCAUCAAUGAGAUUAUGUCAAGUCCUUGCAAUCACUUUGCCACUUCUUUGUUUUUUCA